AUGCAGCGCUUCACUAAUCCACUUUUCAAGCACGUAAUUCACAGGGACUACUUUGAUGCUGCUUCAAAGAGGCAGUGCCUGCAGUACUUGAGAGCUCUGAGGACACUGCAGCUUAACGGUUUCAACACCAUUUUUCUAGGAGAAACAGAUAUUCCAGAAACUCUCAUAACAGGAGAAAAAAAAGCCAAAUUGGCCAGCCUGCGCUGGCCAAUAUGGACACUUGUUCAUGCUGGCAGCAGCCAAGGGUGGGUGCCCUGGAGGUAUAAACUGCUAUUAAGAGGUGAUCUGCCCACCCAUCAGCAGAACAGUAUCUUUCAGGAGUUGUGUGAUUCUCUGACCGUCUCCUAUGGGAACUGUGUAAUUGUGACAAGGGAUAAAACGCAGCUGAUGCAUGUGGGGGCAACUGAUGGCCAGGAGCUGGAGAAGGGAACUCUGCCACCAGUGCCAACAGCAAUCUACGUGUCCAGCAUUAAGUGUUGUCCUGAAGUUGCCAGAGCAAAUGGCCAUGAGAUUCUUGUUGUGCCUUCGUCUUACAACUAUCUCUAUCCUAUGGAUUUCGCUUGGUCUUCUUUGAAAUGGUUUAUUAUAAACAACAGGAAGGACUUUGCCCUGAGGUCUUUUGACAGCACCCACUCCUACAGGUGUAUCCUCUUCAGUGACUUGAUUUUUAAAGGAAUAGAGAAUAUGACCCCAAACAAAUGGAGGGUAGCAUUUAACAGAGUGAAGAGAUGGGAGAACUACUACCUUGAC